AUGUGCUGAGGCUGGAGUAGCCACCAUUUUGCAUGUCUGGUGUGUUCCUCCCUUCAUUGCUAAUAGAGACGAUUCCAGUUCUUUUCUGGCAUUAUUACGGCUUACAAUGCCAGCUCCGAUCAGACUGCGGGAGCUGAUCCGGACUAUCCGGACAGCACGAACCCAAGCAGAGGAGCGCGAGAUGAUCCAGAAAGAGUGUGCUGCUAUCCGCUCAUCCUUCAGAGAGGAAGACAAUACAUACCGUUGCAGAAAUGUGGCAAAACUACUUUAUAUGCACAUGCUGGGCUAUCCGGCACACUUUGGCCAGUUGGAGUGCCUGAAGCUGAUCGCGUCUCAGAAGUUCACUGACAAACGAAUAGGUUAUUUGGGAGCUAUGCUGCUGUUGGACGAGAGACAGGAUGUUCAUCUAUUAAUGACAAAUUGCAUUAAAAAUGAUUUGAAUCACAGCACACAAUAUGUCCAAGGCCUGGCUUUGUGCACUUUAGGCUGCAUGGGAUCUUCAGAAAUGUGUCGUGACCUGGCAGGAGAAGUAGAAAAGCUGCUCAAAACUUCCAACUCAUACUUAAGGAAAAAAGCAGCGUUGUGCGCAGUUCAUGUCAUCAGGAAGGUCCCAGAACUCAUGGAAAUGUUCCUUCCAGCCACAAAAAACCUGCUGAGCGAGAAGAACCACGGUGUUCUUCAUACGUCUGUUGUUCUCCUCACUGAGAUGUGUGAAAGAAGUCCUGAUAUGCUGGCCCACUUCAGAAAGAAUGAGAAGCUGGUUCCACAGUUGGUGAGAAUCCUGAAGAACCUAAUAAUGUCUGGGUACUCUCCGGAGCAUGAUGUGUCGGGCAUAAGUGACCCUUUCCUGCAGGUGCGGAUAUUGAGACUACUGCGAAUUUUAGGCAAGAAUGACGACGAUUCCAGUGAAGCAAUGAACGACAUUCUUGCACAGGUGGCCACAAACACAGAGACGAGUAAAAAUGUAGGCAAUGCAAUCUUGUACGAAACUGUACUGACUAUAAUGGACAUCAAGUCUGAAAGUGGACUACGGGUUUUGGCUAUUAACAUACUAGGUCGCUUCCUUCUUAACAAUGACAAAAACAUUAGAUAUGUGGCAUUGACAUCUCUACUAAAGACGGUACAAACGGAUCAUAAUGCAGUGCAGAGGCAUCGAAGCACCAUCGUGGAUUGUUUAAAAGACCUGGACGUGUCCAUCAAGAGACGUGCAAUGGAGCUGAGCUUUGCCCUCGUGAAUGGCAACAACAUCAGAGGCAUGAUGAAGGAGCUGCUCUACUUCCUGGACUCCUGUGACCCAGAAUUCAAAGCCGAUUGUGCAUCAGGAGUUUUUCUAGCUGCGGAGAAAUAUGCUCCUUCAAAACGAUGGCACAUAGACACCAUUAUGAGAGUACUGACAACAGCAGGAAGCUACGUACGAGACGACUCCGUUCCCAACCUCAUCCAGCUCAUCACGAACAGCGUGGAGAUGCAUGCCUACACAGUUCAGAGACUUUACAAAGCAUUGCUGGACGACAUUUCACAGCAACCUCUUGUGCAGGUUGCAUCAUGGUGCAUAGGAGAAUAUGGAGACCUGCUAGUGUCAGGGCAGUGUGAGGAGGAAGAGCCCAUCCAGGUGACCGAAGAUGAAGUUCUUGAUGUGUUGGAAGGGCUUCUGGUGUCAAACCUGUCCACGCCUGUGACUCGAGGUUACGCUCUUACUGCUAUCAUGAAGCUGUCUACUCGCUUCAGCAGCGUAAACCGAAUCAAGAAGGUGGUUUCGAUAUACGGCAGCAGCAUCGACGUGGAGCUUCAACAAAGAGCUGUCGAGUACAACGCACUUUUCAAGAAAUACGACCACAUGAGAUCAGCUCUUCUUGAGCGGAUGCCUAUUAUGGAGAAAACUGCAAGUAAUGGCCCCACAGAAAUUGUACAGACAAACGGUGAGACCGAGCCCUCUGUUGUGGAGCCCAAACAUCCGCCGCCCGUCACCCAACCAACAAACCAGGCUACUGAUUUGUUAGACUUGCUGGGUGGUAAUGACUUGGCGCCUGUAAUCCAGACUACAGUGCCCACAAAACCCGCCUCAGCUGGAGGAGAGCUGCUUGAUCUUCUUGGUGACCUCUCACUAAGUGGAGGUCCAACACCUACUCCUGCCCCUGCAGUGCCCACUUCCCAACCCUCCUUCCUGUUGGAUGGCCUAUCCUCGCAGCCCUUGUUUAACGAUAUUGCAGCUGCAGGUAUUCCUCCUAUAACUGCAUACACCAAGAAUGGUCUGAAAAUAGACUUUACAUUUGAGAGAGCUAACCCCAACCCAAACAUCGCGGUCAUCACUAUUCACGCGUCCAACUCUACGGAGACGGACAUGACGGACUUUGUUUUCCAGGCUGCAGUACCAAAGACAUUCCAGCUGCAGCUUCUGUCCCCCAGCAGUAACGUCGUCCCGGCGCUCAACCAGGGAACGGUCACGCAAGUCAUCAGAGUCCUCAACCCACAGAAGCAACAACUACGGAUGAGGAUCAAACUGACCUACACCCACAGAGGCUCGGCUGUGCAAGACCUGGCGGAGGUUAAUAACUUCCCCCCACAGUCGUGGCAGUGAUGACCUGUUCCUCUAAGCCCCACCAAGGGAACUAUGACAACAGCUUUUUUUUGGUUGGUUGUUUUGCUUUUUCUUUCACCCCCACCCACCUCCACCUUUUUUCCAAUGGAUCUCCCUGUGAAGUCACUGCAGACUGCUGCCCUCCAGUUGCACGGGAAGCAUCAAAGCAUCGAACGCCGGAGAAUAAUAAAGAUGUUACGAAGACCCUGUAGACAUUGCAAGAAUUAAUUGGGAAAACAUAUCGAUGAACUUUUUCCUCUUAAUUGGUUUCAAUAUUUUCUUUUGCUCGGUAAGUUGCUGUAUUUUUCAUGCGUUCCCUCUUCCCAGCGCCAUUACAGCACACGCACACAAUUCACUGUGGCACACUUUACCUCUGGAGUAGAGAAAGUCUUUCCCCCUGUGGGCACUGCAGGAACAUUUUAUUUUAACGAUCCCGUCAUGUUGUGAUCGGCUUUGCUUUGAUUUAUUUUGUACCAACCAUCAGUCCUUCAGUGGCACCCAGGAAAUGUUUGAAAGGUCUUACUAGCGUGUCCACAAACUCAUGAGCUAACGUCGU